AUAAGAAGAGCAGGAAGAGGGGCCCAUCGUCCGCUCCCUCCGCCGCGGAUUCAGAUUUUACACAUUCAUUCAUUCGCUUUGAUCCAUCGAUCCAUCGAUUUCCGACCCACCAUCGCUCGCCAUGAAGACCCUCUUCAACCGAAAACCCAACCCCAAAGAGGCUCUUCGAGAGAGCAAGAGAGAGAUGAAUCAGGCCACCAGAGGCAUAGAGAAGGAGAUUGGAGCACUUCAGCUAGAAGAGAAAAAACUAGUUGCUGAGAUAAAGAGAACUGCUAAAACGGGAAAUGAGGCAGCUACCAAAAUUCUAGCACGCCAGCUGGUUAGGCUAAGACAACAAAUAGCAAACUUGCAAGGUAGUCGAGCUCAAAUGAGAGGCAUCGCAACUCACACACAGGCAAUGCAUGCUCAGUCUUCAAUUGCUGUCGGCAUGAAAGGUGCUAGCAACGCAAUGUCAGCUAUAAAUAAGCAAAUGGCCCCAGCAAAGCAAGCAAAGGUUAUUCAGGAAUUUCAGAAGCAGUCGGCUCAAAUGGAUAUGACUACUGAAAUGAUGUCAGAUGCUAUUGACGAUGCAUUGGACGAUGAUGAGGCUGAAGAUGAAACUGAAGAGUUGACAAACCAGGUGUUGGAUGAGAUUGGUGUUGAUGUUGCCUCGCAGUUGUCAACGGCUCCAAAAGGAAGAAUUGCAACAAAGCAAAGUGAGGAUGUUGGCAGUUCGGGCAUUGAUGAGCUUGAAAAGCGGUUGGCGGCACUGAAAAAUCCAUGAGCCGAAGAUCGAGAAACAAAAAUCUGUUGAAUUGACUAGUAGAGGAUCAUUCGUAUUUACUCCAAAUUGUGGACUGUAGAUAUCCUUCUUUUUUCAUUUUUGUGAUCAUCAUUUCCGUCGUAUCAAUCUUAGAAUUAGGAAUUUCCCUGUAUGAUAGAAUGAUCUACUUAUUUUGGGAAAUCCCUGCGCAAGUUCCAUUGCUUUAUGCUUUAUGCUUUAUGCGUA